GCCAUGGAAACCCAUUCCAUGGAGCUCUCUACGCACUGUUGUUGGGCUCAUCUGAAGGCCACACCAAGUUUGGAGGUCUUUAGCUAUUGACUCUGCAGACAGUUGAAGCCGUCUGCAUGCCUAGGGGCUUGAUUGUAUACACCUGUGUCCAUGGAGAGGAUUGGAACACCUGAAUCACAUGAUAUGGAGGGGAUUGGAACACCUGAGUCACAUGAUUUGGAGGGCGAGCCCAAUACUUCCAGCAAUAUAGUGUAUAUAGAUAUCUCCACAGCUUAUCCUGGUAAUUCUUGUCCCUACAGGAAACGUAAUCCUGUGGAAUAUAUCACC